GGUAGCGUCUGUAACGCGGUCAACAUGGCCACGUGCUGAUCGUUCCGCUUGAGUAUUGGGAAAUCUUGUCGGUGGAACUGAGAUAAAAUAUUGAUAAGAAAGUGGCCCUUUCAACAAUGAGCGAACGUGUUAACGGUGCGGUUCGUUACGUUUCGUGAUAUACAAAGUGAAUGGCUGUAUUAUUCGUCAUAUUCGUUGGCAUGGCAGCAACGUCGUCGUCUUGUACUGCGUGUACGUCAUGCGCUCCUCCCGGGGGAUCCCCUACUACCUCUUUUUCAUCUACUGCUUCUAGUUCUACUCAUCCCAUUCCCGUUGCGCCGCCUGCCGCUCCUGCAAACUCCCUUACUCGCAAUCAAACGGUUGACGCCGCAACCAGGAGCGUAACCAAAACUUACAGACCACACGGGAGUCUGGCGAGAUUAAUAUUCGACAAGCAAAGGGCCGACGAAAGGCUCCAGGCCUAUGACAAGACUCAGUGGUACAAAGUGGACCAAUCACUGAUUCGGGAGGACCUUGGAAAACUGUGGGUACCUCUGGGGGUCGGCGUCAAUGAGGAUCAACCGGACGAAGCCGCGAAUAAUUUUCUGGAAAAUUCAACCGAGAGAUCGGAUUCACUGCCUCUUCAGGCGUGGCACUCGCUCGCGAGGUCGGCACUCUCCUGGUUCCUCAGCAGGACUUCCAUCAACGGACUCCUGGGUCGGGGAUCUAUGCACGUUUUUUCAUCGGAUCAAUUCGAGAAACUGAUGAGAGCCAGUAAAUAUUCGGGAGAGUGGAACUCUCUCGUUGAUCUGGGAGCCGGUGACGGAGCGACCACUUCUCGGAUAGCUCCUCUUUUCAAAAAAGUAUACGCGACGGAAAUUUCACCGCCAAUGAGAUGGACUUUGAACCGUUUGGGAUUCACAGUAUUAGACGUGGAGAAGUGGCACGAAGAGGCAGGUCCUUUCGACGUGAUCCUUUGCCUGAAUCUACUGGAUAGAUGCGACAAACCGAACACGUUGCUUCGACGUUUAAAAUCGACGUUGUCACCAGGUGGCCGGUUGGUCGUGGCUCUUGUUCUGCCGUUCAGUCCCUACGUAGAAGUCGGUGAACGAAAUGACCACAAACCGUCCGAAUACCUUCCGAUAAAGGGUAAUGGUCUUGAAGGGCAAAUAGCGAGUCUGAUAGACAGAGUCUUCGGCCCGCUGGGACUAAAAUGUCUGGCUUGGAGCAAACUACCUUACCUGUGCGAGGGUGAUUUGGGGCAAGCUUUUUAUUUCUUAGAUGAUGUAGUCUUCGUACUAGAAGCGGAAAAGGAUGCGUCGUACUGUGACCGGCCCUUAUCAGAGGAUGCAAAUGUCGACGCUAUGCUGCAAAAUCAAGGAUCAUAGGAGCGGGAUUGGUCAUAAAUAAUUAUAAUUCGAUACUCGGCUAGAUACUGGGAUGUGAGGUGGUGGUAGAAAACUCCUCAAAGAUUGCACAAGCUGUAUCGUGUCGACGAGUGCUGAAAAUUGAGAUAUGUCAUUAUUCCAAAUUUAUGACGUUCCCACUAAUUGGAGAUACAUGAAGAAAAAAUAAAGAAGAUGGAACAGGUGAGGAAAUCACUCCUCAAUCGUAUGUUCAUUAUCUACAUUUAUACUGACUGCACAAAAAUCAUCACGUUAUCGCUGUUAAUUGGUGAAUAGAUUACUCUAUAUUUGAUGAAUGAUAAUCAAAUAGUCUCUUAAGUGACAUAUUCCAAAAAAAGACUAACAAUUUAUAAAAUGUCCUUUCUAUACUCUACAGAGGACAUAUUAUGAAUUUAAAAAUGUAGUAUUGCAAACAGUAGAUAUUGUUUUAUUAGUAUAACUUAAUACUCAAUAGGUAUGUGGAACUGAUUAUAUGAUAUACAAUAAAAAACAAAUUUCGCGCAA